AUUUUGUAUCCUGUGCGCGGGCUGGACUGGUAGGAAAUAUCGGGAAAUUUCCCGAAAAAUCGGAAAUAAAAUCGGCGAUACAAACCGAAAAUUCGCCGAUAAAUUGCAGUAUCCGGCGAUUUUUGGAAGAUUUCGCCGAUUUUUCGCCUGCAUCCAUUUUUCGGCGAUUUUAACCGAAAUUUGGCGAAAUUUCUCCCAUCGACAUUUCGGCCCCCUCUUUCGUAUCGCCGGCCACCGAAACCCGAAAUUUCGGAGAAAAAAAUGGAAACUUUCAUCCUUGGAAGUUAGGGCUCAGGAGGAGUCCUAAAGUGAAGACGAAGAUGGUGGAAGACCAGUUUCUGGCCUCUUCGAGGGGACUUGAUGCUUGCGCUGGCCCCAUUGCUUGACUAGACAGAGACGACUCAAGCAGAGUUCGCCAAGGCAACGAUUACGAACGAGGCACUGUUGGAAAAGGCCUCCAGGUUCGACGUUCUUCCUUUUGGUCUUAUGGUUACAACAUCUGGCGCAAUUUCGCUUGCAAUCCACAUCCACUAUCGCCGCUGCCACUCACUCUCCAGGAUGGAAACGCUGGGGCUAACACUGUAAUUUGCCAGCCUGAAAAGGCCAGGCUUAGAUAAAUACAAAAGGUGAAGAAACAGAAUAUUCAUCAAAUAUUGGAUGCUCAAAACGCUUUUACUGGUGCUGAUAUGAAUAAUAGAGGGAAGGGAAGCUUGAAGUAUCUCUUGCAGCAGAGAGAGAUUGUUGCUCGUUUUGUCAAAGGUGAUCAAUCCACAUCUCAGAAAAAGGCAAAGGGAAGGGCGGUUGCUGCAAAAAUUGCUGCAGAGGUCUGUGGACUGAAGGUUCCGCGAAGGACUUUCUGUAAUAAUAUUGCUGCAAGAGUAUGUACUUCUAAUAGUGUCCAACCUAGCUAUGAGCAUGAGGAGAAUCAGGGUUUGCCAAACAAUGUUGUCCAUUAUGAUAUCGCCAUUGUUGGAGGUGGCAUGGUUGGCAUGGCUCUUGCCUGUUCCUUGGCAAGCAUGCCAUUGACAAAACAGUUGAAUGUUGCCAUCAUUGAUAGCAAUCCCGCUUUGGAGGGCAAAACCUGCAUCAAGAAAGAAGACCCCCCUGAUCCAAGGGUCAGUACAGUCACUCCUGCAACUAUUUCUCUUUUUAAAGAUGUUGGUGCUUGGCAGUACGUUCAACAGCAUCGACAUGCAUACUUUGAUAAAAUGCAGGUUUGGGAUUAUACUGGAUUAGGAUACACAAGAUACAAUGCGAGAGAUGUAGAUAAAGAAGUAUUAGGGUGUGUAGUGGAGAAUAAGGUGCUUCAUAGUUCUUUAUUGUCAUGCAUACAGAACACAGAUCUCAAGAAGAGAAUCUAUCCUUCCAGAUUAAAUUCAAUGACUCUGCAUCAGAACCACUUGCCCACAAUGAUGGACAGCACUUCAUCAUCAUUGCAUGCUUCUUUAGCUAAGCUAGAACUGAGUGAUGGCAACAGCCUAUACGCAAAGUUGGUGGUAGGAGCUGAUGGGGCCAAAUCACGUGUUAGGGAGUUAGCAGGAUUCAAAACAACUGGAUGGAACUACUCACAGAAUGCUGUAAUCUGUACAGUAGAACAUAAAACAGAAAACCAAUGUGCAUGGCAACGGUUUCUACCUUCUGGUCCAAUUGCACUCUUGCCGGUGGGUGAUAAGUUUAGCAAUAUUGUUUGGACCAUGAACCCAAAAGAAUCAUCAGCCUGUAGAGAAAUGAAUGAGAAUGAUUUUGUGAAGGCCUUAAACCAUGCUUUGAAUUAUGGAUAUGGUCCUCAUCCUCAGUCAAACUUAUUGGGUAAUAAUGGAGACAUUUUUUCUUGGUUUAGAAGAGAUUUGACAGUUUCAGCUAAUGAAUGCUUUGAAGUUCCACCGGAUGUGGUUAAAUUGGUAUCUGGAAGAAUGGUGUUUCCAUUGUCUUUAAGGCAUGCUAAUAAUUAUGCAUCAAAGCGUGUUGUUCUAAUUGGUGAUGCAGCACACACAGUACAUCCUUUGGCUGGCCAAGGAGUUAACUUGGGCUUUGGAGAUGCAUUUGCUCUUUCAAGAAUAAUUUCUGAGGGUAUUGCAGUAGGCACUGACAUUGGGGAGGUGCAUCUGUUAAAAAAAUUUGAAGCAGAGAGAAAACGGGAAAAUAUUAUGAUGAUGGCUAUCCUGGAUGGCUUUCAAAAGGCAUACUCUGUUGAUUUUGGACCUCUAAAUGUAUUAAGAGCUGCUGCAUUCCAUGGGGCACAGUAUAUUUCACCAUUAAAGAGGAGCAUCAUCUCAUAUGCCUCGGGUGAGCAGAGAUUGCCACUGUUCUCUUGAAAUCAGUGUUACUUUCCUCUGUCAACUAAUAAACUCGAAUUCCUGGAUUUUGUACUUCAAGGCUUAAGUAUCUUCUUUAAAUAAAUUGGGUAAUGCCAUUCUCUCUCUCAUCAGUAUAGCAUGCUACUAACUGGAUUUGGAUGAAAUUUACUUAAGUUAAUGCAAUUAUGUAAAUCUCAAUUCAAAAUUUA